AUGUUCACCGCCGACAAGACUUUCACUUUCCUUGUCAUCUUCUCCAUCUUCCUCCUGCAGGUUGCGGGAGAGGCAUUCCCCACCAUGGUCGUUCAGCAGAAUGAUGGAGUCUUCCCCAAUGUCACCAACUCCACUGGCACCCUCUCUGUUGCCUCCCCGUCUGGAACCUCCUUCAUCUCUGUCAACGUUCGCCAGGAGGCCGCCCAGGUCAAGCACUACAAUGAUGCUGGCAACCCCAUUGACAACGAUGAGAUCCUUCCUGGCUACAGCAAGGAGAAGCGUCAGCAGAACACCUGCCACCUAAUCUGCACCCCCAGCUCCAUGGCCGACAUUUGCCAGGGCUCUCCUGUCUUCGCAAGCUGUGGUGAUGAUUGCGAGCUCCACGUUGCACCCCCUGUCACCCCGCCAGGAGUCACUGCAGCUGCACUGGCGGACACGGAGACCAGUGGCCUGAGCAAGAGUCUCGCUGACACCGAUGACCUUCACAACAUGCCUGCUGUCAAGUCAACCGCGGACGAGAAUGGAGACGCCGCUCCUGAUACCGUCAUUCGUGCCGGUACGGAGAUCUACAAGCCACUUCUUGAGGCCUCAACGGGUUCUACUAUGAUACCGGUGACCCAGGAGGAUCAGGUUCCCACCACGGAUAUUCAGGUCCUGCCAGAGGAGAAGCCUCGUCCUUCCUUCUACAGCAGGCUGUUCUCCCGCAACAGGCCUCUUCCUGAAGUUCCCUCUGCUCCUGGUGGAUGGAUUCCUCGCCCCGGAAUCAACCAGCGCGAGCUCGGCGCACCCUUCCAUGAGGAUGAGGGAAUCGCCACUGAGUAUGAUGGUGAUGCAGUUGAUGAUGUUCAGGCUUAUCUCGAGGAUGAGGACUAG